AUGGACACCCCCCGAGGACCGGAUCGAGCAGUCUCGCUCGCGAAUCGCUGUGGCGAGAGUAAAAGCCCAUAUGUCCGCUCGCACAUCGACAACCCCACCGCGUGGCAGCUCUGGACCCCGGAGACAUUGGAACUGGCACGACAGACGAAUCGCCUGCUCUUCGUGAGCAUCGGCUACUCAGCCUGCCAUUGGUGCCAUGUCAUGGCGCACGAGUCCUUCGACGACCCUCGGAUCGCGCAGUUACUGAACGAGCACUUCAUCCCGAUCAAGAUCGAUCGCGAGGAGCGGCCGGAUAUCGACAGACAGUAUAUGGAUUUCUUGCAGGCGACGAAUGGCGGGGGAGGGUGGCCGUUGAAUGUCUUCGUCACGCCGGAUUUGAUGCCCAUCUUUGGGGGCACGUAUUGGCCGGGCCCGAAGAGCGAGAGGGCGAAGAUGGCGGGGACGUCGUUUGAGCAGAUUCUGCUGAAGGUGGCAACGGCGUGGAAAGAGCAGGAGGCGAAGUGCAGGGAGAGCGCGGCGGAUAUCACGAGACAGUUGCGGGAUUUUGCGCAGGAGGGGAGUUUGGGAGGGAGGGAUGGGAAAGGGGAUGAGAAUGACGGGUUGGAGCUGGAUUUGCUGGACGAUGCGUUUCAGCAUUACAAGCAGCGGUAUGAUUCCAAGUUUGGCGGGUUUGGGGCUGCGCCUAAGUUUCCGACUCCGGUGCAUAUCCGGCCACUGCUGCGCGUUGCUUCGUACCCGAAGGAUGUGAGGGAGAUUGUUGGGGAGGAUGAGUGUAUCGAGGCGAGGGCAAUGGCGGUGAAGACGUUGGAAAAUAUGGCGAAGGGUGGUAUCAAGGAUCAGAUUGGCAAUGGUUUCGCGAGGUACUCGGUGACGAGGGAUUGGAGUCUGCCGCAUUUUGAGAAGAUGCUUUACGACAAUGCUCAGCUUCUGCCGGUGUAUCUGGAUGCUUACUUGUUGACCAAGUCACCCCUGUUUCUGGAGACGACCCACGACAUUGCGAAAUACCUGACGAGCCCUCCCAUGGCAUCGUCACUUGGCGGUAUCAACUCGGCUGAAGAUGCUGAUUCAUUACCAACCGCUCAAGACAAGCACAAGAGAGAAGGCGCCUACUACGUCUGGACGCACGACGGAUUCAAAAGCAUCCUCAACAACGAAGAGCUCAAAGUGUGCUCGACCUACUGGGGCGUCAACCCCGAAGGAAACAUCGACCAACGCUUCGACGCUCAAGGCGAGCUCGUAGCCCAAAACACCCUCUGCGUCCAAUACGAAAUCAGCGAGCUCGCCAAAGAACUCGACAAGUCCGAAGAGGACACCACCCGCAUCCUCUCCGACGGCCGCCAAAAGCUCCUCUCCCACCGAGAAAAGAACCGUCCCCGCCCAGCCCUCGACGACAAAAUCGUCACCGCCUGGAACGGCCUCGCCAUCGGCGGCCUCGCCCGCGCAGGCGCCGCCCUCAGCGAACCCGCCUACCUCGCCGCCGCCGAAAAAGCCGUAACCUGCAUCCGCAACAACCUCUUCGACCCCAGCACCGCGACCCUCAAACGCGUCUACCGCGAAGGCCCCUCCACCACCCAAGGCUUCGCCGACGACUACGCCUUCCUCAUCUCCGGCCUACUCGACCUCUACGAAUCCACCUUCACCUCCACCUGGCUCUCCCUCGCGGAAACCCUCCAAAAAACCCAAACGACGCUCUUCUGGGACGAAGAAAAAUUCGGCUUCUUCUCCACCCCGGCCCACCAACCGGACAUCCUCAUCCGCACCAAGGACGCCAUGGACAACGCGGAGCCGAGCGUCAACGGCGUGUCUGCGUCCAACCUCUUCCGCCUCGGCAGUCUGCUCAACGACGAGACGUACACGGCCAUGGCGAAGCGCACCGUCGCGGCGUUCGAGGUCGAGAUCAGCCAGCACCCCGGGCUGUUCAGCGGGAUUUUGUCGAGUGUCGUCGCGUCGAAGAUGGGCGUCAAGGGCGUUAUGCUCGUUGGCGAGGGCGAGGAUGUCGAGAGGGCGGUUAGGAAGGCGAGGGAGACUGUCAGGCCGAAUUAUACGGUUUUGAGGGUCGGGGGUGGGGUGGAUAGUAAGUGGUUGCGGGAGAGGAAUGACUUGCUGCAGGGGCUUGAUGGGGCGAACAGGAGUAUGGUGCAGGUUUGCGAGGGCGGUGUUUGUAGGUUGUUGAGUGGGAGGGAGGUGGAGGGGUUGUUUGAUGCUUGA